AGGCUGGCGGCUAAGAUGGCGGAGGGCGACAGCGGGAGCGAGCGAGGCGGCGGGGGUGGCGGUGGAGGAGGAGGAGGAGGCGGCGGCGGCGGCGGCGGAGGGGGCGGCGGAGGCGGCGGCGGGGGCGGCCUGCUGGCGCCGCCGCUGCAGCAGCAGCAGCAGCAGGAGACCCAGGAGCUGGCCUCCAAGCGGGUGGACAUCCAGAACAAGCGCUUCUACCUGGAUGUCAAGCAGAACGCCAAGGGCCGCUUCAUCAAGAUCGCCGAGGUGGGCGCCGGCGGCAACAAGAGCCGCCUGACCCUGUCCAUGGCGGUGGCGGCCGAGUUCCGCGACUACCUGGGCGACUUCAUCGAGCACUACGCGCAGCUCGGGCCCUCGGAGUCGGACUCGGCGGGCGGCCUGGGGGCCGAGGAGCCGCGGCGGGCGCUCAAGAGCGAGUUCCUGGUGCGGGAGAACCGCAAGUACUACAUGGACCUGAAGGAGAACCAGCGGGGCCGCUUCCUGCGGAUCCGCCAGACCCUCAACCGGGGCCCGGGCCUGGGCGGCAGCCAGGGCCAGACCAUCGCCCUGCCAGCCCAGGGCCUGAUCGAGUUCCGGGACGCGCUGGCCAAGCUGAUCGACGACUACGGCGUGGAGGACGAGCCGUGCGGCCAGGCCGAGCUGCCCGAGGGCACCUCCAUCACCGUGGACAGCAAGCGCUUCUUCUUCGACGUGGGCUCCAACAAGUACGGCGUCUUCAUGCGGGUGAGCGAGGUGAAGCCCUCGUACAGGAACUCCAUCACCAUCCCCUACAAGGCCUGGUCCAAGUUCGGCAGCGCCUUCACCAAGUACGCCGAGGAGAUGAAGGAAAUCCAGGACAAGCACCGGGACAAGAUGCUCUUCGAGCGGCGAGCCGACGAGUCGGACGGGGAGGACGUGGACGACGAUUGAAGCAGCCGGAGAGAAGGGGU